GCCGGAUUGCCUGAUUUUCGCCCAAAUACGCACCGGUUUCUCUAGUUUUGCUUGCACUUUGGAAACACCUUCGGCAUAACCCCAAACGUCUCCUGUGUUCGCACUUAUUCCAAUAACACACCACACGGAAACUGCAAUCCACGUGAUAGAUAGUUCAAAGAAAUACCAAUGAAGCGUCCCCUUAAAGUUCAGCAGCCCGCUGAUAAUGAGGAAGACGACUCAGAAAGCUUUAAAAAAGUUAGGCGUGUAGUCUGCAAAGGUAAAGCACCAGUCGACGUUGAAUGUGUUGCUAAAGUCAAUUCAGCUUAUGUUUAUUAUGAAGGCGAUGAUAUUUACGAUGCCAUGCUAAAUCAGACUAAUGUUCAAAAUAAUAACAAUAAAUACUACAUUAUACAGCUUUUAAAAGAUGAAAGUAUAAACAAUUACUCAGUCUGGUUUCGUUGGGGUCGAGUUGGGAAAUCUGGCCAAAAUAAACUUGAAAAUUUUGGUAGUAAUUUACAAGCUGCUAAGAGUUGUUUUGAAAAAAAGUUUCUAGACAAAACACUAAAUCAGUGGGGAGAAAGAAGGAAUUUCAUAAAACACAAUGGAAAGUAUGAUAUGGUCGAAAUUGAUUAUGGUGUACAAGAUGAAAACGCAACUGCAAAGAAAAAGAAGGUUAAAGAAGUUAAAUCACGACUUCCUGUUGCCGUGCAGGUACUUAUGAAAUUAAUAUGUGACUUUAGUAACAUGGAACAAGUUAUGACUGAACUAAAAUAUGAUUCACGCCGAGCUCCUCUAGGAAAGCUUAGUAAAUCACAAAUUUGUGCAGGUUAUACAGCAUUGGAUAACAUAUCCCAAAUGAUUGGUGCUUUGUCAGCUUUAAGUCAAGCGUGUAGUACUGAAACAGAAACUAAGCCAAGGGGCAGAGUAAAACGUAUCAUCAAAACAAAUGUGGGUGAUAAACGUAAACUUGAAGAACAAUUACUGUUGGCCUGUAAUGAUUUCUAUACACGGAUACCUCACGAUUUUGGUAUGCGUAUACCACCGGUUAUUCGUACAAUGCCUGAAGUCAAAUCAAAAAUUGAACUACUAGAAGCCUUAUCCGAUAUUGAAUUUGCUGUAAAUAUUUUGAAGAAAAAUCAAUCAUCUACUGAAAAUAUUAUUGAUGUAAAUUAUAAACGACUGAAUUGUGACAUUAAACCUCUGCGAUCAACUGAUCCAAUGUAUUCGUUGUUAACCGAUUACAUGCACGAAACACAUGGAGUUACACAUAAUUGGUAUACAUUGGAAAUAUUAGAUAUAUUCGAAUGUCAAAAAUCUGCAGAACAAGGAGAAUUCAAAGAUUACGGGAAUAGGAUGCUUCUUUGGCAUGGAAGUCGUUUAACUAAUUGGGUUGGCAUUUUAGGCAGAGGUUUACAAAUUGCUCCGCCUGAAGCUCCAUCUUCUGGUUAUAUGUUUGGAAAAGGUGUAUAUUUUGCUGAUUGUUCAUCGAAAUCAGCCAAUUAUGUUUAUCCAACACAAGCUAACAAUGUUGGACUCAUGAUUGUUUGUGAGUCCAACCAUGUUCUGAUUUGGGGACUUGUGGAGUGAAGUAGUGUCCAAGAAAUACUAAACAAUGAGAGCAGCUGGGUCGUACUAAGAGAAAUCAAAACAUCUUGAUAGAUAAGUUGUACUAAUACAUAGUUGUAUUUUUGUUCAGACUGUAUUAAACCUUAUAAGCCUUAUUAUUUUACUCGUUUAAAAUGACUAAUUACUGUGAAUGUUUCCUAUCCUUAUUCAAAAAUCCAUCUCAUUUUAUUUUACCAUUUAAAUGAUCAGCAAUCUUUAUCAUUUGUUCUUUUUUAUUGAAAUCAUCUAAGGUCUCAUUAGGUAAACAAAGAGAAUUAUAUCAAUCAUGUUCUAAUGCUCAUGAAAAUCUCGCUGAUUAUCAUAGUGUAAAAGGUGUUGGUAAAUGGCGAACAGAUUCUGCAACAUGGAAAACUUUGAAUGAUGGUGUUAUAGUACCAUGUGGAAAAUUAAUUCAAGCACCUGAAAUUGAAGCAAAUAAAUGUAUUUUACAAUUUAAUGAAUAUAUUGUCUAUUGUGUAAAUCAAAUACGUUUACGAUAUUUACUGAAGGUGAAAUUUAAUUUUGUUCAUUAAAAUAUCUUUGUCAGUAUUGUCCUAUUUGGUUAUUGUUAUUUUUCCCUAAUUUUUUUUCUUUUUACAUACAAAUUUUAUUGACUGUAACGAUCCCUUUUAGUAACUAUGAUGUUUUCGUUUUUAUAUAUAAGAUUACUGAAAUGUUUUUUUAUUAUUUUGUAUAAUAAAAAUUAUAUACGUAUAAUCUUGAUCAAUGAUUAGAUCUAUUUUUUAUUA